GCAAGCAGAUUUGCACCAUCGCGGGGUUGUUUCGAGGUGGGGACGGGUGCAGAUCGUUUCGUGUCGGACCGAGCGCGCGGUCUGCGGUAGACGGCUGGUGGGAAAAGGAGGGCAAGGCGCACGUGCAUCGAGUUUCCACCGAUUGUGGAAGUUCUGCUAAGUUGUAGUAUUCGUGGUUGCCGAUGAUCCCGAACCCGCUGCGGUCGUCACGGUCGUCCGGGCCGCGGCGGCUGGCGCAGGGCCAGGGCUACCCGGGCCGCGAGGUGGCCGCCGCCGGGCCCUACCUGCCCCAGUGGGAGGACGUGCGCUUCCUGCAGCCGUUCCGCCCCAUCACGUGGAUGGCCAACACGCUGCCGCGACGCGCCAGUCUCGACUCGACGCUCUGCUUGUCCGAGGGCUCGCUCGACGACCUCGAGCACGACCUGGCCGCGGCUGACGAGUACAAGUUCGACAACGUCGUCCACCCGAAAACGGUGCUGGACGGACUGAACGAGCUGCGUGGCGACACGGUCUUCUGCGACGUGGUGCUGCGGGUGGGCGAGCAGCGAUUCCCGGCGCACAAGUGCGUGCUCGCCUCGGCCAGCCCCUACUUCAAGGCCAUGUUCACCAGCCAGCUGAAGGAGUCGCAGGACGAGGAGGUGACCCUGAACGGCCUGGAGCCGGCGAUGCUGGAGGUGCUGCUGCAGUACGCCUACACCGGCGCCGUCGUCAUCAACCAGAGCAACGUGCAGAGCCUGAUGGCCGCGUCCAACCUCGUCCAGGUGCUGGCUGUGCGUGACGCCUGCUCGCUGUUCAUGGAGAAGCACAUGGACGCAUCCAACUGUCUGGGCAUCCACUGCUUCGCCGAGACGAUGAACUGCGAGCGGCUGCAGGAGGUGGCCAAGUCGUACGCCCUCACCUACUUCAGCGACGUAGCCGCGCAGGAGGAGUUCCUGAACCUGUCGCGGGCCAAGCUGGUAGAGCUGAUCUCCUCCGACGCGGUAAAUGUGUGCCGCGAGGAGGACGUCUUCACGGCCGUGCUCAACUGGUUCAGCCAUCAGCCGGACGCGCGCAAGGAGGGCUUCGACAAGGUGCUGGAGAGCGUCCGCCUGCCCCUGCUGUCGCCCUACUUCCUGCACGACUGCGUGUCCAAGCAGAAGAUCGUGCGGACCUCGCCCGAGUGUCAGGCGCUGCUGGAGGAGGCCAGGCUGUACCACCUGCUGCCGGACCGGCGUGGCGACAUGCAGAGCGCGCGCACCCGGCCGCGCAAGAACGCCGACCUCAUCGACGUGAUCGUGUGUGCCGGAGGCGAGGACGACCGGGUGGUGCUGCGCUCGGUGGAGGGGUUCGACCCCGUCUGCAAGCAGUGGGCCUCGCUGGAGAACCUGCCGUUCGCCGUCAGCAAGCACGGCGCGGUGGUGACGGGGAAGAACGUGAUGUACGUGGCCGGUGGCGAGUUCCCCGACGGCAUCGCCAGCAAGCAGCUGCUGCGCUUCGACCCGCAGAUCAACAAGUGGGAGGAGAUGGCCAGCAUGGCGUACGCGCGCUCGGAGCUGGGGCUGGCGGUGCUGGACGGGUUCCUGUACGCGGCCGGCGGCUGGGACGGCACGUCUCGACUCGACUCGGUGGAGAGGUACAACACGGACACCAACUCGUGGGAGGAGCUGCCCGGCCUGAAGGCGGGCAUCACCUCCGCCACCGUCGUCGCCUACGAGGGCUACCUCUACGUGGCCGGCGGCGCCGUCGGAGAGGACGGCGACGGCAUCACCAGCGUGCAGCGGUUUGACCCGCGCACGCGCACCUGGUCGGAGCUGGCGCCCAUGCUGAUCCCUCGCAGCGGCUCGGCCGCCUGCGUGCUCGACGGCAAACUCUACGUCAUAGGCGGCUGGCACGGCGCCACCGAGAACACCAACAAGGUGGAGUGCUACGACAUCCACAAGAACCAGUGGAACCCCUGCUCGCCCAUGCGGGCGCGUCGCUACCGGCCAGGCGCGGCCGUGAUGGGCGGCCACAUCUACGUGCUGGGCGGCGAGGAGGGCUGGGACAUGUACCACAAGAGCGUGGAGCGCUACACGCCGGCGGCGGACCGCUGGGACGACUCGGCCGACAUGGCCACGCCGCGCUCCUGGCUCAGCUGCACCACUCUGCGGGUGAGGCAGCCUCUGAUGUCGCGAGACCGGCGAUGAUUGGUCGAGCGGCCCGUGACGUGGCGCUCAUGUGACAGCGGGGCGCCCGCUCAUUGGCCGAGUGGACAGCGCCGGGACGCCGGCCGUUCCGAGAUGACGCAGCCGGUCACGUGACAUGCCGCCCCCCCCCCCCCCCCGGGUGCGGUCACGUGACGUCCAGGCAUCAGAUGAAUCUGGGUCGCGCCACGGCCAGGGUCGGCAGAGUGGGGUGACGAUGGGCCGCACCAGUACCGCCAGUUCUUGUUCACGGGAGGCACCGCUGCCCAUCUCGGGGAUCUCUGUUCAGUCGGCUCGCGCUGCGCCACAACCGCCGCCUCGCACGCGCUGGCGCUGUUCUCACGAGACGCCCGGCUGGCGGCGACAGCCUGCAUUCCGCAUGGGGUGGGUGCCGCUGGCCGCUGCCGCUGUCGCGCUUGCACCGGCCCGGACGGCCUGCGCCGCCGCUGGUAACCCGCCGACGCGGACGUGGUGCUGCUGAUAGCUCGCCGCAGGCCAGAGCGUGGACAGCAGGGUCGUGGCAGUGGCCUGGGAAACACUGGCCAGUGAUGAGGCUCGCGCGAAUUAGACACGCAAAUCUGCGAGUGAAAUGGUAUUUAUCGGCAUGCUGGCUGUUGAGUUUCUGUAGAAUGUUGCCUUCGAGGUCUUGGUGUACGGGUGUCUUUGUUUAGACUGCCAUCGAAUAUGUCAGCUGCACAGUGUGCGUCUCAGACCAUUCCAGAUUUCGUUCCGCAAUGCUCGGUGUUCACCUCAGACUAUAUCAGCUUUAUUGUUGUGAUCUAAAUGUUGCGUUUGCGCUGUGACGGUUGCUGAGGUUUUGCGUGUUCUGUAUUAUGCAAUAAAGAA